AUGUGUGGCGGAACAUUAGAAAUAAUUCCCUGUUCACAUGUUGGGCAUAUUUACCGAAAUGGCCAUCCCUACAACAUGACAGGUCCGGGCAACAAUAAAGACGUUCACGGGACAAAUUCUAAAAGACUGGCAGAAGUUUGGAUGGAUGAUUAUAAAAGAUUAUUUUAUGUGCACAGAAUGGGAUUAAAAAAUGUUGAUGUUGGCGAUUUAAGUGAAAGGAUAUUACUUAGAAAAAGAUUAAAUUGUAAAUCUUUUAAAUGGUUUUUGGAUAAUAUUAUCCCAGAAAAGUUUAUACCAGAUGAGGAUGUUAAGGUUCAAAAUUUAAAUGGAAAACUUUGUUUGGAUACUUUACAAAGAUUAGAAAAUAAAGGGAUUGUUAAUUUGGGUGUGUGGGAAUGCCAAAUUGAGGGAAGUUCUUCACAGGUAGAAUUUUCUUUUUUAAAUGAGAAAGGAGCUGUUGAGGGAAAUUGUUUGAAGGGAAUUGCUUUCCAAAUACUUUUUUGGAGUCGGAAAUAGGAACUAGCCCAAUCUGUCUAAAUUUUGAAAUAAAAAAAUUUUCAAAAGGAAAAAUGUUUGUUUUCGUGUGUAGGAAGAGGGGGGUGUGAACAGGGAUCCAGCUGAAAUAAAAAUAAUUUUCCAAUUGAAAACCGUGCCUUAAUGAGUGCUAAACUUAAUUGUAUGUGUGUAAGUAUCAGGAAUCUAGCUAACGUAAAAAUUAAAUUCCCAGUUUUUGGGAAUCGGGAAUUCUGGUAUGUUUUGAAGGGGGUUAAUGUUGGACAUUGAGGC